UCUUCCUCUUGCUAACCUAACUUAUUAAAAAACUUGUUGUAUUUGUGUAGACACGUUAACUCUUUAUGUUCAGCCAGUAUUAAUUACUAAGGCACAUUUUAAACUUAUUGCAACUUAUUCUGAAUUGCAAAUUAAACAACAUUUACUAGCAAAUUGGAAUUUUCAUAAAUGUGCAGCAAGAAAACGCUCAAAAUCCUUCUUCUUGUCCUUAUCGUGGCAACUGUUGCCAUAUUUGUGUCCUGUUUGGAAUGGGAUACAUCAAGCCAAGAACCACCUUCAAGACCUUUUGAGCCUACCCGUUUCCACUACUUUUUAUGUGACCAGCCAAACCUGGACUUAACCAGAGAACAAGUUCUUAAUAAAUCAGGAAAGCAAUUGACCACAGCGUACUUUUACAUCAUGAAUGUAAAUACUAUAGUAUUUACAUUCAUGUUUUACAUACACGGAUUUGACAGUGAAAGUCUAGAGAAAGCAGAGUCUUACAAAGUGAAGGAUGCAAUUUUUAAAGCACACCAGAACACUGACCUCGUCGUGGUCGUCGAUUGGUCCAAGGAGAGCAGCCGAGGUCAGUUUCAAUACCCAAUUGUUGUCAAAUACACCGUUCCUGCCGUAGCCCUCAACGUGAGCUUGGAAAUACUCUGGAUUUCUUCUAAUCUUGGAAUACCUCCGAAUCAAAUUAAAAUGGCGGGCCACAGCCUCGGCGCACACGUGAUGGGCAUUGCAGGAGAAAGAACUGUUACAAAAAGAUGGAAGUAAUAACUCUCUCAUCGCCAAUAUGACCGGUCUGGAUCCUGCUGGACCCUUAUUUGACGAAGUUCCCGACCUCGGCGACAGUCGCCUCUCUUCUGGUGACGCCACAUUCGUCACGUGCAUCUACACGGACGACACAUUGGGCACAAUCGAGCGGAACUGUGAUCUCAAUCUUUUCCCCAGAACACCAUCUAGCGCUAAUUGUAGCGUGAUGGACUUUCUCUGUCGCCAUAGUAUUGUAAAAAGUUGGUUUAUUCUGCGCAUGAUGGGAAGCGUUACUUUGUCUCAACGAGAGCCUCCAAUGAGUCAGUUAGACUCGGAAAUACGAGGCAUCCUUGAAACAUCGCUACGAAAGGCGGUCAUAAUUUUAAUGUAUUCAAAAUUCGCGUUGGCAUCGUUUAUAGUGUUGUACGUAAUUUUUGCUUGUAUUGUUCCCCUACUCUUGUUGGACUUGAAAAUUAGCUGGUUUUUGUUAUUGAAUAUUGUUAUAUUGGACGCUAUCCCAGUGGGGUAUUAUUUUGGCAUGGUUCGGUUUGUGCCAUGGAUGCUUUCGAACUUUUUACAGUUGGGUUUGGUCGUAAUGUACUUGAUUUUUAGGGGGAUUGGGUAUUGUUGUAAAAAAUCUGACUACAACGUAGGUCUUAUGUACAAACUACGGGAUUAUAAUGGAUACCAAGAGCUGUGAAGAGCCUUAAGUAAUGAGAUGAUUAGUAGAAUUAGUGUUUAGAAAAAUCACCAUUAGAUUUAAUCUUGUCUCUUAUGAUCUCUUCAAAAUUUGUGAUCCAUGACUUGGAAUUCUGUGAAUGUAAGUGUUACCGUGUGUUAGCUUUAAUGCAAAGAAAAUUAUAAAUAACAUUUAAUUCAUUGACAAAUCUUCUGAUUUUUAUCAAGUACUCAUGUAAACUAAUGUAAAGUCUUGUUUAAGUCGUUAUCGAAAUUUAUAAUGCUCCAUGCAGAAUUGCAUUCAUCAACUUUUAUGAAUUUUUUUAAACUAAAAUAAAAGACUUAACUAAUGUAAUAUUAACUAUACUUAAUUAAUAAAAUUAAAUGAAC